AUGAAUAUUGAGGAGAAGGGAAAGGCUUUUGUAGAAGAAAUUGAGAUUGACGUGAGCCAACAGAUUGAAAUAUUUCGGGUUCCUUCUCACAACGACGUCGAAGCUGCCCAUUACUACCAUGACUUUAAAAAGGUGAGUGUUUCAGUUAAGCUUUAUAACAGAGCACUUCAAAUACUUGUGAUAGAACACAUAACUGUGUACUUACCAGACGAAUGACAGAAUUCGUGUCUUGGAAAAUGUUCAAAAGUUAACUCACUCUUAACUUCUUUGUUCACAUUUAGCGUAUGACUGCCACCAAGAUUCCGUCUCAAAAAGUGUGUCACAUUUCCGAAAUGGAUUCAUCUCUUCCAUCUCCUCGUAAAUUGAAAGCGGACAUGAAAAGGGUAAGCUAAGUACUUCAUUUGCACUAUUGCAGGUCUCGUAACGGAGAAAAUUCAUUUUGCUCUAACGGGGGUUUUUCAGGUUUUUCACAUGGGUUUGUAGAAUUAAUAUGAGGGUUACAGUAAGGAACAGUUGAUAACUAGCAAACUGCCUAAAUUUCAACGGACAGCUUAAACCCCAGUACUACUAAGUGCUUUAUCCCUGGCAUUUCGCUAAAGAGGUUUUCUAUAAAGGAGUUGCUUAAUUAAAUGUCUUUUUGAAAAGGGCGAUGAAAAACAAAUUCUAUACAGAUGGUUUUUUAACUAGUUGCUCCAUGAUUAUUGCAGUGUUAACCAUACGUGUUCCAUUUUCUACAGGCGGCUUCUCGCAUUGACCAACUUCCCGUAACGACCCGGCAAAGUCUGGUCAUGGUGACUGGUUCUGCAAACAGAACUCUUCUUCCAGAUCAGAUUUUGAAGUUUUGUGGAGCCUUGCCAAUUUACAAUACAGAAGUAGUUAGCAACCCAAUCUAUGAAAAUGGAAAUGCAAGUAAGUCAGCAAUACAUUUAUUCCAGAAAAAAAGCGAGGCUUAAUAUUCCCCUUGAAACUAAAUAGCACCCGGGGGGGGGUACUGCCAUAUAUGGGCUAUAUAGGUAUGUGCCGCUGUGAAGGGUAUGGUUUUCAAGCAGUUGACUCUAGGAUAGGGUAUAUAAAUCAGAGCGUUUGGGUCUAGAAUAGGGUACUGAUCAGUUGGUUGAAGAUUUUAUCUAGACCAGGGAAACUGCUACUCUAGGAUAGGGGGGAUUUGGGGAGUUUACUCUAGUAUAGGGUAGCAAAAUUUAGCUGAACUAGCUCUAGUAUAGGUUAAGAAUUCCAGGGUCCCAGCAGCACAUCCCCACCCAGAAAUUCCUUAAGUACCCCCCCGGGAUAUAGCACUGAUAACGAACAUAGAAAGCAUGAGUAAAGAAAGUGGUAACGGCAGAAAAUGUUGAGAAGAAAAAGGGGCUCAAAAUGCUGUAGAGCUGCGAACUGUAAUGCGUUAACGGACUCCGUUAGUAGACUUGACCUAUCAUUUUCAAUUUUAAGCUUUGUUAUCACUGCUUUUAGCUCUGCACUUCACUGGGACCAAUAAUUUUGUUUUCUUAGAAAUAUUAUCCUCCGCUACUGAAGUAGCUCUAAUUUUGACCCGUAUUUGUAUUUCCGCUUCCGUUGUUCACGGGCUUACAUCUACCGAAUAUUUUUUCUGGAAGACAGUGUGUAAUAAAAGCGAAUAACAUCGAAAGUCAAAAAAGCUUCGGGGCAGGGUUUUCGUUAAGCCGAGGGUGGGCGUUUUCCGAUGUAUUUCUCCAAAGUGCUUCAUGCAUGAUCUGAAACGGAAAGAGAAUGAGUUUGCCAUGUAUCUACUCAAAUGUGCUUCGUCAUUGAAUGAGCAAAGACCGGACCAAAAUGGCCAAGCAAAGUGUGAUUAACUUUGUAAAUGCAUUGAUAUGUGUAAAUCAUUGUAUGAAUGAAUGGCUGGACAGAUAAGCGGUCGAAUGAAUGAAAAAAUUCAUGGCGAUCAAUUGGCAAUGAACAAACGAACAAACUAACGAAAACAAAUUAAAAGCUUGGAUAGCAAACCUCUUGUAAAGCUUUUAAUCACCUAUUCAUUUAACCCGAGCUAUAUGUCUGUAAUUGUUUUUUUUCUGUAGUCAUCCGAACGAGGCGUUAUAAACGGGAGAGUAUCAGGAAUAACAGCAUUUCAAACUUCAAGAGCUGCCUCAAGGCAGAAGACAAGGAUAUGUUUACAUACGUGAGGGAAGGGAACUGCUUCGGCUUAAACUCUGAUGCAUGGGACAUACGAUGCAAAAUGGUAACUAGAGGCUGCUAUUACCUAAUGACAUGCAAAAAAAUGCCAGAAGUGUUAUACUGGAAUUGUACAACUGACCAUUUAACCACUGGAAAUCCGUUUUGUUGCGAUCCAAUAUGCCGGGGACAAAUAAUCACAUAAGGAGCAAAUCCGCAAUAAGAUCUUUCGCUUGUAUUCUUGGCAUUUUUUUAAAUAUAUAAAAUAGCCAGUUUCAGUUUUUUCUUCAUGCCUAAUUCAUUGUUAGAUAAAUAAUUAGUUUAAGGUCAAUUGUCACAUUUUGUGUUGUCUUAACGGUUUUUUUUCCUUAACAACAAAAGUUGUUCCAAAUAUAUAAUGGUAGCUGCCGUUUAAAAUCUUACCAAAGACAGUGAUGAAAUGUUCUCCUCAGUUUUUUCAAUAGAGAGGCCCUUUGAGUUUCUCACAGGGAAUCAGCAGCCUAAAUAUGCACUGAAUACGAAGUUGCAUAGAUAAUAUAGAGUUAAAUCGCAUUCUUUAGGUAGAAUUAUGCUUUUUUGCUUGUUCAAGUUUCAUUGUUACCAUCGGAUCUCUAUAGUAUUUCCAUAUAAAUAAUCUUCUUGUCGGGCAACCGUAUGAAUUAAUAUGAAAACAGAAAGCAGAGGGCUUUGUAACAGAGAUCCGACGUAAGGUCGGUCAGGUUCAGGUCAAUUGCAUUGU